GACUAACAAUAACUAAAUUAAAUUUAUCUAAUAAUAAUCUUAGUUAUUUACCAUCAGAAAUAUGUGAUAUGAUUAAUUUACAAUAUUUGGAUAUAAGUCAUAAUAAUUUACGUGGUUACACUGAAGUAUCUGAAAUGAAUUCAAUUAAUAAUAAUGAAUCAAUUCAUCGUCAUAGUAAAUUAAUGAAUAGAAAUAAAUCAAUUGAUUUCAAUGAUAAUAUCAAUGAAAAAUUAGAUAAUGUACAAUUACCAAAAGAGAUGAAUCGUUUAAUUCAUUUAAAAACAUUAAAAAUAUCUUCAUGUGAUUUAAAAUUUAUUCCAAAAAUUAUAUUUCAAAUAAUUAGUUUAACUAAAUUAGAUUUAAGUGAGAAUUGGACAAAUGAACUGCCUACAACGAUAGGUAACUUGUUGGAGUUACGUUGUCUAGUGGCGAAACGAAUGGGACUAAGUACCUUACCAAUAGAGAUCAUUAAUUGCUCUAAAUUACGUACAAUAAAUUUAUAUGGAAAUGAGAUAACGUCACUUCCUGAUGAAUUUUCAAAACUUUAUAAAUUAAAAGCCUUGCAUUUGGAUUAUCGACACUUUAUAAAAGCUUUGAUUAAACCAAGGAAGGUUUCCAAAGUUAAAAUGGUCAAUUUUAUUGACUCAACUGAUGAAGCUGGAGAAAAUAAUAUUACAAUAGAAGUAAAUAAACCAAGAAAAUCUAUUGUAGCAGAAGAAACUGCAAUUUCAAUUGCUGAACGACUAGAUACAUUACUUCGAUCAGGUCAAAUGAAAUCACAUCAUAUACCGACCGUCAUUUUUAAACUACGAAGACUCACU